CCGGAUGUUUCCGCUGCUAGUGACAGUAAGGUUACUUCAGCUGCUUGGUAGCCCACAUGACUGGCUUGCAGCAGUGUAGUUUUUAAGAUAAGCCUAAUUUUAACCCUGAUAUCUCGGGAUAGAAUACCUCAAAUUUAUUUUCUUCUGAGAAAUUUAUACCUAAAAGUAGAGGGUGUUGUAUUGCGAGUGAGAAAGUGGUCCUCACGAGUCUCCAGAGAAAUGCAUCUCACACUUCGAGCUUUGAUAUCUCAUGGACGGGUGGCCCGUCGAAUGGGUCUUGGCCCCGAGUCCCGAAUUAAUAUGCUUCGGAACAUCCUCACGGGUUUGGUUCGACACGAGAGGAUAGAGACCACCCGAGCUCGAGCUGACGAGGUUCGGUUCUACGCGGAAAAGUUGAUUGACUAUGCCAAAAAAGGAGACACUAAUGAAAAGUCGAUGAAAAUGGCAGAUUUUUGGCUCACGGAGAAAGACUUGAUUCCAAAGCUUUUCAAAGUUCUCGCUUCAAGGUUUGAAAACCAGUCAAGUGGAUAUACACGGAUGGCCCGUCUACCAAACAGAGAAAAUCUGGACCGUGCUGCUAUGGCUGUUAUUGAGUAUAAAGGCAACCCUUUCCCACCUCUGUUUCCUGUUAAGAAGGAAAACGAACUGAACUUGGUUAACCAACUUCUAAAAGGCUACAGAGAAGAGAGAGCCCAGCUGACUGCUGAAAAUAAUUCAUAGUAGAUUCCCUUGUCACUUUUACAUCAAUAUUUAAUCAUGUAUGUAGAAAAAAAGUUAAAACAUCAAGUUAAUACUUUUAACUUAAUAAACUAAAUAAACCUCUUGGGUGUAUAUCUUGAUUGUACACAUACUUUGGGUAUGAAGUGCUGAAACUGACUGACACUUGUAGCAUGAAUAGCAGUACAUCUUGUUGCUUAUUGUUGAGUAUAUUUGUUACAUCGUGUAUCAAAAAUGUUGAGGAUGGCAGGGGUUCCAGGACUGAUGAUAAGGAUUAAAAGUCCUUUUUGUAACAGAGCAUAUACCAAGAAAUACCAAGUUCCCUGUAGCAUUGCUGUGGUCCAUCUAACUUCUUUGGCCUUUCCACAAGUAGGUGGGAAUCAAUAUUCGAUGCAUGUAACAGAGGAAAGGUAAUCUAGUUCAGAAACAAAAGAAAAGUGAAGGGAGCCAUCACAAUCAGAUAUCACUGGUUUUCAUUUCCAAGUAUAUAUUUGGAGGUUCUUUCAACAGUUUUUUCUGCAUUUGCAAAAUUGUUCUUUAAAAUUCCUCCAUUGAAAGGAACAAUAAAUAGAACUAAAGUAAUUGAACAAUUGUCCCUGUGUGAAAACAAUUCAGACACAUGAGACGUAUUAUUAAACCAGACUAGU